AUGGAACUGUUGGCAAUGAAAAUAAUCCUUAGCAUUGGCAAUCGUCAUCCAAACUGGGCUACCGGUGAAGCCAAAGAAAUUGUCACAUACGUACAUGCUCUUUGGAAAGACCUGGAUUUCCAUAAACGAUAUACACGCAAGGAUUAUUUGGAUGAACCACGAUAUGAGGUUCCUAAACUGGCAGCCCUGAUUAUGCUACGCUAUUUCAAAUCAAACACCGAUCGUUUUGAUAUCAUUUUUGACCUUUGCGAUGCAUUCGCAAAUGAUUAUAUCAGCGCUUUCACUUUCCUGAGAUUGUUUAUCGAAAAAGAAAUUAUUCCUAAGUACUCUCUUGAAUGGCGUCAGAAUGCAUUGAAACGCAUCGUUGCAAAAUUUGAAGAGGAUCCGAGCACAGCACACAGCAUGAAUACUGUCAAAGUACUGCAGCAUAUUGUUAUCCCGUCACUACACUACGCCUUCGAACGUUACAACGUUGACUUGGUUGUUGGUACGCCAGCAAAGCCAGCUGAUGUGGAUGAUAAUAAUCUGAUAUCGUUGGUAUGCCAUAAAGUACUGGAUCGGUUGAAAUUCCAAUUUUCCGAUGCGAUGCUCAUACAACUGUUCAAUUUGGGCAUUCUUUUUGUUACCAAUUGCCCAACGCACAUUCACGAUUUUGCACAA